UUCCAAGUGUUAUGGUGUUACCAACUGCUACAUACCUAUUCGGACAUUGAAUUUGAACCACCUGUAUAACCUAAGUUAUAACACAUAAUUCGGUGUCUGGGCUCUGUUAUAAAUUUAGCCGGAAUGAUAAGUGGAAUAAAACAAGUGGCACAGAGACGCCAAAUGGGUUAAUAAGGCAAAAUCAUAGAUUCUCUGUUCUAGGAUUAGUUAAGGGCAAUAACGGCAGCGCCUCGUCCUCAAGCAGCCUCAGCUUAAUAAGAUGAAGUUUUUAUCUUAAGAUUAUAUUGUAGAGUCUCGAUCGCAACCUCAGCUACAAUUAAUAUCAUAUCAAAUAGAAAUAAGCCAUAUCUACCCAAAACUAACUAAUAAAUUACAAUUCAUCACCUAUUUAACAAUAUCCCUGCGUCUCUCAACAUCUUUUAUUUAUUAACAUCAGAUAUUUCUCAGUAUUAUAUCCUUAAACAUCAUCUCUUUCCGUCUCUGACAGCUCAACGUUGUCUUUGAUAUACAUUUUCCUUUUUACAUUUUUACACCUACACAACUAACAAGUCCGAAUUGUUAGUGACAUAGUAUUUUUGGAUUAAUAAAAAAAAUAACAUUUACUUUAUAAUUUAGCACUUGAAAUAAUUGAUGUUUUCCAAAAUAUACACCACCCUGUAUACAACAAUUUUUAUUAAAACACCGCUAGUAUGCGCUGUAAGCGGCCAUCUUGUCGUUUUAUCGAUUACGUGACGCGUUAUUUGGAACGAAAACGCCGAGGAGUCACCUUCGAAAGACCCCACCCAUAUCCAUCUGGUUUGUUUAUUAAUUUUAUUAUUACUUUGUACAAGUAAUAGAGAUUUUAUCAACAUUAAGGGUUAAUUAAUUUAUUAACCUCACUUUUUUUUAUUCGUUUCUUGUCAAACGUCAACAAACUCCCUCGAGGCAAAAAAAGAUUAUUCUACGUCGUAUUUAAGUAUCGAAAUCGAUGUAUUUAUGUGAAUUAGAUGUAUGAAGAUGAAACGAAACUAAUUUACUAAACCGAAUCGAUACAAGCACAAAAACACAAAGGUCAUAGUGAAGAGACCUAAAAUACGCACUAACUAGAAUUUUUAAAUACACAACGUCAACUUAAAAUUAUUUAUGGGGGAAAAAGGAUAAGUUAAUUGUUGUUAAAUGCAUUAUUGUUGGAAACUAACGAUUUCGACGGAUUCGUGGUAUACGUGACACUAAAUGCCUAAAAGCCGUUCGUGUUGGGUUAUUGCGAGGAGUCUACAAGGUCGUUGUAUGCGUAGGAAGUGUAGGAACCGAAUCGGGUGGGAUUUGGAGGAAUAUUACGUUUAAUUUUUACCCUAAUUGACGUGGAUAAGGUUAAUCGCGAUGUCGGACGAAGCUUACAACAAAAAACUCGCCGAUUUGCAACAAUACGUCCCGUUCAUGGAAAACAUGAUAACCCAGCUCAAAGACCCCAAGUGGAAGCCGCGCGAGGCCCAAUUAAACAAAAUGGAAUCACUUUACACCAUGAUCACUGACAAAAAUAAAAAGUGGAAAUUUGAUACGCUAUUGAAGUGUGAGGAGGUCAUUUUGAAGUUGCAGACCAAGAUUAAGAAGUCCCUUUCAAAUCCAUCCCAGCAAUCGGAUUUGGCGCAACAAGGGGGUGGGAAAGGGGUCCCAACGACUGUCGUUAACGAGAUAAUGAACGUUUUGAAGCUAAAUACGGCGAGGGCGAAGCUGCAAAGGAUGCAGGAAUCGAAUGAAACCCCAAAAAGUCCCAGCCCAACCCCAGAAAUCUCAAUACCGUGUGAGCCACCCAAAAUAAUCCCAAUUGAGCCCCAAGAAAGUUACAAAUAUAGGAAUAUUAUUGACCCAAACGAUUUUAGUUCAAAGUGGGAUAACAACUUGGAGAGAUACACGAAGGAAAAACCCGACAUUUAUAGCAGCGCGGCUCAGAGUUUGACCCAAACCCCAAAAAUAAAGAAUAAAUCGAUUUUUGAGCGUUUAGGCCCUGUCGUAACAGAACCACAAAAACCAUUAUUAACUGACGAUGAUUUAGCUCAAUUAGGGACCGACGAUUUAUACUUACAAAGCGCAUCAAACGAUUUAAAACAAAAAGAUUCCCUAAAUAUCGAAUUAAACCUAAAAAUAACUCCAAGAAUCGUCCCUGUACCAUCGAGUAAACCAAAAAUAUCAAAAAACGAAACCAAAAAUCGCGAAAAAACGAUUUCGAAAGAAAAAGACGUUAAAAUUAAGACUGUUAAGGUCGAUGGGAAUGUGUCAGGGGACGUUUUCGGUAGUUUAUUGAGUAGUAUUGAUACGAAAAUAUUGGAAGAGACUAAAAAGAAAGAUCACAAAAAAGAUUCCCAUUAUAAACACAAAGAUGAUAAAGAGUAUAAACAUAAAGAUCGCGAAAAAAAAGAUUAUAAACACCAUCAUUCUUCGCGAAAGGUGUCGGGGCAUAAAGAAAAAUCGAUUAAAGAGAAAUCUGGGGAAACUAAAACAGUUGAAAAAUCAAUAGAAAAGUCAUCAGAAUCGUUUGACGUUCGAAAAGAUGAAAAAACUCAGGAGGAUUACGUUUCGAGUACGGUAGAUAUCCCGAUGGAUAGUAAUAAGCCGCGACGUUUGGCGGAUAAAUAUCACCCGAAACCGCGUUUGAAGCAGCCCCAGGAGGAGGUUGGGAGUACGUCCAGGAUCGAGGAGAAGGAGGAGGUGAAGUUGAAUCGCGAUCCUAGGCGUAGAUCGCCGCCGUUUUCUGCGAGCUAUUUCAAUCAGAAUUCGUCGACCGCGACGAGCGGGUUUGAUUCGAUGAAUAAGCGGGAUUUGAAUUGGGGGAAAUAUCAAAGUCACGUUUCGACGGAUGGGCAACAUGUUCAAGGGGUGGGGAGAUUUGAUCCGAGGUUGCAUCAAGGAUUUAAUGCUACUAAUACAGGUUACACUCAAGAUGUAGUUCCCAGCGCUCAACUUGGAUUGUUACCAACCCCGCAGAACCCUUCACAUCUACGAAGUCCCCAACACCAUACAAACCACCAGCACCUUCAAAAUCCUCCACAAUUUCAACCCCCGCAACAUAUACAAAGUUCUCAACACCUUCAAAACGCUCCACAAUUUCAAACUCCCCAACACUCCCGUUUUGAUCCCAGAUUUGAUCAUUAUGACCACCACCACCAAAGACCCCGGACUCCUUUCAACGAACGUCCUCGAAGUGAAUCAAGCACACCGUUUUUCCAACCUCCCCCAGUUCAAUCCCCAUUGUUACCAACACCAAAUCAACCACCCCAACAAUUCACUCCAAGAAAAACUUUCAACCCAUUCGAACCGUUGGACGCUGAGAAAGAAAAAGAAAGAGAAGAAGACUCCUUCAAUAAAAGAGAUUUCAAUUACGGCCGAUUUGGAAGCGAUCGAAGUCGUUCGAAAUUCGAAAGAGGGCGUUUCGAUCGGAGGUUUGAAUCUAGAAGGGAUCGUUUUGGCUCAAAGACGCCGCGAAGGAGUUUGGACGAAGAUGAAUUCAAAAAUGUUAGUGUUAAAUCGGAGAAAGUUGAGGAAACUUUUACCUCACCCCUAGAGGCGCUUUAUUCAACACCGAAACCGGUUCUUUCCGCUUCGCAAGCUAAAGCUGCUUUGGACAAGUUUAAAAUCCCCAAGAAAAAACAAGACGAGAAAAAAGUUGAUGAAAUUAAAGAGAAAAAAGAUGAUGAAAGUGAUGAGGAUGAAGAUACACCUUUGAGUCGAAAAAUAAAGAGGAGGUUGAGGAUUAAGAUUGAUGAUGAUAGUGAGGAAAGCGAUGAGGAAAAAAAGAAAGGUGUUGAGGAGGUUAAGAAAUGUGAAGAUGUUGAAACUAAAAUUGAUGAAAAGGUUGUGGUUGAGGAAGAAAAAGUUGAAACUACAACGAGAAGAUUAAGAACUAGAGCGCCUAAAAUUGAAGUGAAGAAAGUUGAGGAAGAGAAAAAAGUUUCGCCUCAAAGAAGAAGUCAAAGAGUGCAAAAGAAAAAUUUGAAAUAUGCAUGUUCCAAAGAGGUUUCUCAAAAAGAAUCAGUGUCAGAAGAAAGUUUGAGUGAAAUUUCUGAAAAAGAGAUUCCUGAAAAUAAGUUGUCUCAAAACAACGAUUCAUUAAAAAUCGAUGAAAAAAAGGAAGUGUUAAAAGAAGAAAAGGUUGAAGAAAACGAAGAAAUUAGCACCGUAAAAGUCGAAGAAAAACCAGAAACUACCCAAAACGACGAAACACUCCCAGAAAAAGAAAAAGUCAAAAACGAACUCCUCGCCGACAUAAAAAAGAACCAUUUAAAAAUGGAAGAAACCGACGUCCUCCAAUUUAUAUUAGAAAACUAUAAAAAAAUCAAAAAGAUUCUUAAAAGCGAUAGCAGCAGCGAAGAUGAGAACGAAUCUAAAAAGAAAAAAGAUAUCAAAAAAAUUGAAACGGAAAAUGUUGAAGAAUCAAAAGACAUUCCAAAAGAAAUCAUCGAAAAAAUCGAACCAAUAGAAGAUGAAAAAAUAACCGAAAAAGAUGAUGAUAUCGAACUAGUAGAUGAAUACGUUUAUAAAAAUGAAGAAUCCGAAAAAGAAACUAAAUUGAAACCAAAAAAGAUUGUUAAAAUUCCGUUAAAAUCAAAAAAAAAUCCCGUAAAAAAAGUAAUCGUUAAAAGAAAGGCGAUUAAUACAAGAUUGGGAAUGAAUACAAGAACCGGUAAACACCACCAAGUUGUUGUCAAAGCUAAAAAGGCAAGACGAAGUGAAUUGGAUAAGCUUCACGAUGAUAUCAAAGAGAUGUUGAUGGGGAAUGAAAUUAUGACGGUCGGUGGGAAAAGGACGUGCACGAUUACGAAAGAUGAUGAGAAGGAGAAACAAGAUGAUCAAGAUGAUGAGGAUGAAGAGGAGGAUGUUGAGGUAUGUAACGUUUAAUUUGUAACAUCUUUU